AAUGGCUCAUCAUGAUUUAAAGAAAGGCACAGCCUAUUUAUACGGAAGAGUUGUGCCGCAUCUGAUAAAUGAACGAGUGAAAAUUGCAUAUUGUACUGACAUGGACAAGUCAGUGUUGAUUAGUAAUUUUGAAAAACGAAGUUGGCAAUCUGUGAGUGCCGAAGACGAAUGGAAUUUCUAUUGGGCCAGCACAACAACUUGUCGAAAUAUUUUCAGCGUUGAAAGUGGCUACCGCAUGCAAGAUAAUCAGAUUAUAAAUCACUUUCCAAACCACUAUGAACUGUCAAGGAAGGAUCUAUUGGUGAAAAAUAUCAAACGCUAUCGUAAAGAUUUAGAAAGAGACAGUAGUGCAUUGGCUGAAAAGAUCGAUACUGGUGUUGCUGGAUUGAAGUAUCUUUACUUGGACUUUAUACCAACUACAUUUGUUCUACCUGCUGAUUAUAACAUGUUUGUUGAGGAAUACAGAAAAAAUCCACAAACAACGUGGAUAAUGAAACCGUGUGGGAAGUCACAGGGAGCUGGUAUUUUUUUGAUUAAUAAAUUAUCGAAAUUGAAAAAAUGGUCACGUGAAGCUCGGAGUAAUGCAUUCAAUCCACAAAUCACGUCUGGAAAAGAAAGUUACGUCAUUUCAAGAUAUAUUGACAACCCGCUAUUGAUUGGAGGCAAAAAGUUCGACUUGCGAUUAUACGUGCUUGUAACAUCGUUUCGUCCACUCAAAGCCUAUUUGUUUAAAUUGGGGUUUUGCCGUUUUUGUACGGUGAAAUAUGAUACGAGCGUUACAGAGCUAGAUAAUAUGUACGUUCACUUAACCAAUGUUAGCGUCCAAAAACAUGGGGGCGAGUACAACACAUUACAUGGUGGUAAAUGGUCUGUACAAAAUUUGAAAUUGUUUCUUGAAGGCACACGCGGUAAAGAAGUCACUGAUAAAUUGUUCGGGAACAUUUCGUGGUUAAUUGUUCAUUCAUUACGUGCUGUGGCGCCGGUAAUGGUUGCGGAUCGACAUUGUUUUGAAUGCUAUGGCUACGACAUAAUCAUUGAUAAUACGCUCAAGCCAUGGCUUGUGGAAGUAAACGCAUCACCGUCUUUGACAUCAACUACGGUUAACGAUCGAAUUCUCAAAUAUAAACUGAUCGAUAAUAUUUUAUCGAUUGUUCUACCGAAAAGUGGACUACCAGAUGUUCGCUGGAACAAAGUACCAGACGCAGAUUCAUUGGGUAAUUUUGAAUUGCUUCUAGAUGAGGAAUUGACAGCACAUGAAGAAAGCGGCCAAAAUCAACAACGGGAAAGAAAUAUCAGACAAACGACUGGCAGCAAUCGUUGGAAAUAA